UUGUUACAGCUCUCUUCGUCUUCAAGAGUACUCGAACCUACUGGGCUCGAGCUCGAGACUGGGAGAACAAUGGAGACUCUGCUGCCCCAUCGGACUUCGAAGUCCGGCCACCGCUGCAACUAACCGUAAUCCAACACUCAGGUGCUCUGCUGCGUCUUCUGUCCUGCUACGUUCGAUUGAUCCCGAUUCUCGACUGAAACGGAGACAGAAACAGAGCAUCUCAUCGUCUGAGGUUUGUAAAAAAAUUAUUUGAUCGACUCGUGAAGAUGAGUAACAUAGACCGUCUAAGUCGGAUGAGUAUUGACGAUGAGGAUCCAUCAUUAGUGGUAGUGGUACCUGAAGAUUUGUUGAUCAAAGUGUUUUCAUGGCUCCCCAUGAAGUCCCUUCUCAGGUUCAAGUGCCUGAGUAAACGAUGGCUUGAUGUCAUAUCCAAUGAUUCUUAUUUCAUUCACCUCCGCUCUCAGCACUCCAAGUCCAAAGACUCCAAACCACCUCUUCUCUUUUACUCAUCCUGUAUACCUCCAGGUGUAGAAGACAGCAUGAUUAUUCUUCUCCAAUCCUCGACGGACAUGGAAGGGAGGUUGUUAGACAAAUUCGAGUUUAAUAAGAUGGAUUUCCCCCUUAGACGCCCCCUCAUGCUCCCUACCCGCUUCGAUCUGGUAUGUUUCAUAUCCAAAAAUCAACUCCAUGUUUGCAAUCCAAGUACACAUGAACUCAUAACAUUGCCACCACUUGUGUGUAAUUACAAUGAUAUCUUCGAAUUCCACGGUAGCUUCGGUUUUGGAUAUGUUGAGUCUACCGACGAGUAUAAAAUAGUUCAUCUGAUUCCUCCUUUCUUGGAAAAGAGAUAUGGAUAUGGUGCCGAUCUCCCAAUGCAAUGUACGCAAUGUGCAGUUUUCACCUUGGGGAUGACAGAGGGCUCUACUUCUUCUUAUGGUUCUCCUUGGGCUUGGAAAAUUAUAGGAAAUUCCCCCUAUAAUGUUGAGCAUCUUCAAUGUCCGGCUUUCGUGGAUGGAGUUCUUCAUUGGCUGAUCGACCGCAAGCAUCACCCUGAGCUUAUGACCGAUAUUGAACAGACAAUCUUGGCGUUCAAUUUGGAGAGUGAAGAAUUUGGACUUGUCCCACGUCCCAGAGAUUGUUCUGAUCUUGCAGGUAUAGAUCUCCAAAUGGUGGAGUUGAGAGGGCUACUUUGCCUUUCAUGUGUUGAUGAAGGUGAUCGCAAAAUGGACAUAUGGAUGUUGAAAAACUACUGCAAUGAGACUCGUACCUUUACGUGGGUAAAAGAGUAUAGCAUUGAUCUGAGUACCUUGGCGGGUACUCCAUACGGUAGCUAUACUAGGUCUGCUUGUCCUUUGCUCUCAUUUGGAAACAUGCAUCUGAAUAUGAGAACCUUGGGGGAUGGUCCACGCCGUAGCUAUUCUGGGUCUUAUGUUCCUAGGGACAUACAAGAUGACGGGAAUAAGGUGCUUAUUGAGAUGUGGGACGGAAGAUCAUUCUAUUACCAUGUCCAAACCGCAAGUUUUACUGGAUUUAUUUGUGAGAAAUGGAGACGUUCAUUCUUUAGUUUCUAUACGGAGAGUUUGCGCUCACUGAGAUACGUAAUUCAGAAAAGAUUCAAUUUUGAUGAAAUUACUGGAAUUACUCACUCCCAAUCAAGGGAGUUGGCGUACAUGGAUAACCCGCCACUCUAUGUAGUGCGUGUUUUUGCACUUUUUGACAAUCCACGCAGAUUUUCUUAUGGAGGAUAUCUAACAGAUUUUAGAGGUGGCUUUGUUGCUAUCGAAGGGAAGGAACUAGAGGCAGAACAUUUUGCAGGAGGAGAUGCCAUUGAAGCAGAAGCAAAAGCCAUUCUUUGUGGGUUGCAAUUAGCUCGUGGGCAAGGUAUCCAGCGCAUUGCUUUGGUUUCUAAUGCAAAGGAGCUAGUUGAUGCUAUUAAUACUGGAGAAAGGCAAAGUUUUCAAAAGCUGGAAACGAUUCUUACCAAGAUUAUUGAUCUUCUUUCUGAAUUCGAUUGGGCUCAAAUAUUCCAUGAUCAAAGACUGUCUACUCAAGUGGCUUUCCAACUUGCUCGUUGGGCUAUCAAGUCGUCGUAUGGAAUGGGUUUUCAUGAAACAAAACGACCCGAUUGGUUCAUAGAUGGGUGAACCCCCUAGUUAUGUGGCUUCUAGAAUUUUAUAAUACAUAUUUUUCAUGUAGUUCAUUAACCUCCUUCUAAUGAACUACAUGAAAAUACUACCAACUCAUUCCUCGCCUCAAUGUAAUUGUCUUCUCAUGGCAGACUCUGUACUUACUACAUGUUCGAUUUGCUCAUGGCUUUGAGUUUUGAGGGGGAUAGGAUAUUCAUUGGAGCAUUGUUUGUCUCUUUAAUGAACUGUCUUUUUUUUUAUUUUUUAUUUUUAAAUAGAAAACCUUCCUAACUCUUUAAUUGGCAUCUUUUCAUGAAUAUGGAUGGCUAACUCAAACAGGAUA